GGAGAAGCUACGGUGAGAAGUGGCAACUAUGUAUAGAGCGAAAAGCUCGGCGAAUAAGCAGUUCAGUGUAGGACGGGUCCCAGCCGGGCAUCUAAUACUACGAGAACUGCAGGCAGGAAAUCUAAGAGGAGUACAGUCACUGCGGAGGUACCGUACCGAUAUAUUGGUCAAUCAAUCAGCGCGUGCUCGCCGUUGCAAGCGGCGACGGCGGGCGUUGAGUGCGCUGCCCGCAUAAAAUCGAGGAUAUGGCCGGUGAACGAAAGGA